AUGGCUGGGCGCGCAGACGCGAAGGCGAACGAGGCCGAUCCGAGCGACCCCGGAAGCGCGGCCAUUCCCGUGGGGGUGGAAGCCGAAGAGCUCAUCCGGAGGCUGUUCACUCCGCGGCAGCAGGGCGCGGCGGACGCCGCGCUGGCACCCAGGGGCGCGGCGGAUGGCGACCUGCACGCGGGGGGGAAUUGCGGACGCCGGAGUGGCCUGCUUGGGGAGGAUGUGGAGGGAGCGGGCCCCGAGGCGUCAAGCAUGAUGCGCGACUCUGGCAGCAUAACGCCAGAAGGGGCACUGGUUUCAGUGGACGCCUUGAAGCCUGGGAAUUCUGAGGGCAGCCUUCAAGACAACACCUGGGACUUGUAUGAUCAUGACCAGAGGACACAAGGAAGUUCUGUCGAUAUCUCAAUGUUGCUGGCAGAUGGCUCCCCAUGGACAGAAGAUGAGCUAUCUGCAGAGUGGGCCACCAAAAAGAGUGAAUCAGUGAGUGGAGCGGACAGCGGCAAUGAGGGAGGUAGCGACUGGGAAACUUCGCCUGACAACACUGGAUACCCAAAUUCCUCCUCCUCAGCUUUCAGCCGGGAGGACUAUUGUUGCGCCAGCGUUCCUGAUUCCUGUGACAGGAAUGCACUGACUUGUACUCCGAGGCAAUUGCAGAAUGGUCAGACAACUGGCACCUUGCAAAUUCCAAAGCAGCCAUUUGAGCCCAAGAGCAAACGGCGGUUGUGGGGCGAAGAAAGUCAGCCUGCAGUGCUUAACAUUUCACAACCUGGGCCUGCCAAGGCAGGCUAUGGUGGCGGUGCGCGUCUGCACAAACCAAAGCCUCGUAACAUGUCUCUCUGCAACAGUGUCCCAGUAGGCCCCUCCAGGGCAAGGGGGCGUGGCAUAUGUGUUACACUGAGAGGGCCAACAGUUCAAGCAGACACUGGAAUGAGAGAACCAACAGAGCAGGGGAGACGAGUUGAGACCUCCCAAGCUUGCAGUCAGAAUGUUGGUAGCAGAGCUCUGACUCAAGGUAUUCCAUCAGCUGCCAGCAGGGGCCCCUCCAUUUUCCACCGUGCUGGCAACAGUGCCGAAUCUGCCCAUCAAUGGUGCCCAAAUUGCAAAUGUCGACUAUCGCCUUGUGAAAUUGCAGAUGGCCAGUGGGGUCAUGGGGUUCGCAAAGAGGAUGGCUCCAGUUGCCGAUGGGAGUUUGAUAGAGGCCGUGGGAGGCUGUCUGAGAGCAGGGUGAUCGUGUGCACCCGGCAUGUGACCUGGGCAGGGGCUAGUGGGCGCGAUCCUGGACGGCGCCAACACUCAACUCUGGAUGGGCGCCCAGUUGAUCGCCACCCUGUCAUCCCUCCGCAUCUCCGGCAUUAUCGGCCCCCGCCUUGCUUGAAUGACCGUGGUCAGCACCAGCAGCAUGCAGCUUGUGAACCUGGGGUCAGAAGUGGGAACCCAGCACCAAUGGCUUCUAGACGGCAGGUGAGGUGUUCAGAUGCAUCAUGCCAGUCUGCAGACAGGCAGCACAAUUUCGAGGCAGCUGGAUGUUCUGUGCAACAUAGAGGUCCCUUCAAGCCUGAAUUCGACCAGAACUGCCAUACGGAAGGGCGCUGGCUGGUUUUCGGCAGGUUCGAAGAGCAGGGCAAGUGGAAUGGAGUGGGGACGAAGAACCAAGAUGGAUGGAGACGGGGCAGGGGCAUGGACCAAUUUGGUGGUCGGGGGCAGUACACCACCUGCAGUGGAAGCAGUUGCAGUGGUGACAGGCUCUCGCGCCCAAGGAGCAUGUCUCCAACUCACACGGACCCAGGGCGACAUGGUUGGGAAGGUCAUGGGGUCAACACAGGGCCUGUGGAAGCCAGGAGCACAGUCUGCCUUGCUCCCAGGGAUGGUAACAAUGUGGGGCAGGGCAACAGGCCUGUUGCAUGCCAGUGCACGAAUUCACUUGCGAGGCAGGAAAGUGCAGCUAUGGCAGAUGGCCAACGCCAGUGUGAAAAGGGGGUGCAGGCGAAUGCUGAGCCCAGCGCCCAGGACCAGGGCGCGGCCAAGCCAGGUGAUUGUUCAAAUUCUGAGGCCACAACGAAGCCCGUUUUGAAGUACUUGUCCGAGGACAGGAGAAGGGGCCCACCACACUCCCGAUCGAACUUUGCAGCCAUUUCUAGAAAUAGGCAAGGGUUUGGCCAAUCUGUGUCUGGAUGGGUCAGGGGCCCCCCUCCGCACUCUACACAAGAAAGGCAUCCAAGAGGGCGCACACCUCAUCAAAAUGAAGAUCACCAUCGAAGGGCCGUCAGUCUGUCGCCCAGUACCAUUCGUGGAGAUUCUCCCAGAUCGUUGUCCCCAGGCGACCGACUGUGUGACUGCAGCCCGGGGAGGAGGUCACAGGGUGCAAAAAAUGGUAGGUAUGUGAUUGUGGCUCCCGCGGGACAUUGGAGGAGGCCAAGGGGUCCAGGGGCAGCCCAGGUGAUCCGGUGUUGA